AUGACGGCACCACCAAAGAACCAGGAUCCUGCUGGGGGGACCGAGACUCGAAACAAGGAAGCUGCGAUGCGGGAGCUUAUCAUGUCUGCGGUGGAGACUGCUGUGACGCCAGUCACCUCUGGACUUGGCAAUCUCCAGCAACGGCUUGACACUCUUGCCACGGCCGUACAGGAAAAUGCCGUUGACAAACAUGCCAAGAUGUUACAGAGCCAUACCGAGCCGUUGCAUACGCGCCUUGGUACCCUUCGGUCUGACAUCCUCGAUGGAGUAGAUCAGCGCUCCAUGUCGUUGAACAGUAAUCUUGAGUCGUUGCGGAAUCAGACCAUUACGGUAGGCCAGCACCUGGCUGAACUUGGACAAUCGGUGCAGGCGGCACGGGAUGUCGUAACUGAGACUUCUGGACAAGUCCAAGACGUCGCCAAUGCCCAGCACGUCACAAAUGGUCAUAUCACUGAUGUUCUCGUCAGUUCUCGUCAGAUUUAUAAUGCUGAACGUGGUUUGGGACUUGACCACCCAUUCAAAAUCAUUCCCUUCGUUAAUAAAGAUGGUGGAGUUCAGUGGCCAACUGCAUGCGGCCUGCCUCCGCUGCUGGACAUGCGCAUGAUAAACAAUUUGAAAGACCAUGAACUCGAUCAAUACUUGGAUGGAUAUAGGAUCCAACAUGUGGGACUGGAUCGCGAAGUGAAAUUGUCCAAACUCAGGGAGUAUAUCGGCUGCAUGCCUGUUGAUAACUCCAGUCCGCACGCUGUUCCUUUCUCGUUGUAUUUUCAAUUUCCAGACCUGUGCAUGAUUCUUGUUCGACCGCUACAUGUCGGAAUUCAAUUGGCGAUAGAAGUCCAGAUUUCCAUCUCCCCUCCGACAAGCAUGAUCGAUAAUCUCCGAAGUCCACUACUUAUCAUCAAGGACAAUGUAUUCCUGUUCCAUCCACGCAUGAGUCGAACUGGCGGUAACCCAAACCGGGACGCUGAGAUGGAGUUCACGUCUGUGGUGGGAACUGCUCUGAGACCAGUUACCUCCAGACUUGGCGAUAUCCACCAGCGGCUUGAUUCUAUUGCUGCUAACAUCCAGAACAAUACUGUUGCAGCACAUGAAGGGAUGUUGCAAAGUCACCUCCGUCCGUUACGUGAUGGUCUCGGCACACUUCAAACCGAGAUAGUCGCAGAGAUCAGUCAGCGCCUCACACCGUUGAAUAACAAUAUCGAUACGCUACGAAACCAGAUCAUCACGACGAAUCAGUGCUUGGACGAACUUGGGCGAUCGUUGCAGGCUGCACGGGAUGACGUCGUCAAUGCCCAACAUGCCGCUCUUGUCAAAUUCUAUCAGAUGGCACAUCUCAAUUACCGAGUGCGCAACCUAACGGACCACCAACUCAAUCAGUAUAUGGAGAGAUAUGGGAUCCAAGUCGAAGCCAAUCGGAGCACACAGCUAUCCAAACUCAGGGAGUUUAUUGGCUGCAUGCCUCCUGAUGACUUUACUUCGUACUUCGGCAAGUCGAGACGUUCUGUGGUGCAUUAG